AUGGGUUUCAUAUUUGUAACUGCAGCUAUUCUUUAUCUUGUAUACAUGGGUUCAUUACCCGUUCCAAAUUGCAAUAGCAGCAGCAAUGAGGAUACUGGAGAGCGCGGGGUACGGUUCGCUCAGGAACGCAAACGUCAAUUAUCCAUGAAUGCUGAUAUUAGUGAAGAUAGUUUAAUGAAAUGGAACUGUGAGCUGGAAAAAACAGCUGCUCUAUUUAUCAAAAAAUGUCGCAUCGCAAAAAUUCCGAGAACCAGUAGAACACUCGUUGGAAACGUUUAUUAUCAUUUAUUUAAGGAAUCAAGAAUUCCAGCAACGACUGCAAAUUCACAAAAUUCUUCGAACAUGGUUCUUCCGAUAUUCGGCAAAAUAUUUUAUCCAGCGUUAUAUGCAACUAUAUACCAUGAAGAGAUUGAACUAAGUAAUGAGGAAUGGCAAUAUGCCGCUGAAGUUGGUUGUUCACAAAUUUUUUGUCGAAUAGCCGAUGGAGACAAUAAAGGAAUGCUUGUGAAACUCGCUGCUUGUUUUUAUAAACUUCGGUUAGUCUUUUCAUUAAGUCUCGUUAGAAGUGAGCAGAAUUAA